AUGGCUCCACGCGGGGGCAAGAGUCAAUUGAAACGGGAUCGUGCCGGAACAGCAGAUGACUAUAACGAACCCAAAAAACCUAGAAGAUCCGAACGCAAUGCGAAAGACGCAUCGACUCCUGUUUCGACGAAGCAGCAUCUGCCGUCACCUGUAACCCACCAAGAUUCGUUAUCGUCGAGCGACCAGUUCAAAGAUGGAACCGCCACACCGCCUGAAGGCAGACCGAGUCAGAUCCAACAUCGUCCUACCGAGAGUAAUGUGCCUGAAGGACUUUCAUCUCCACCGCAAGACCUUCCAACACAGGCAUUUUCCCAAUUCGUGUAUCCAGGAAACUUUUCAGAAGAUGUGACGAAUGAGCAAGAAGAGGGUGUUUGGGGUUAUCUUCAUCCACUUGAUCCGCAAUAUGGAAAGACGUUGGUUUUAAAGAAGAGAAACGCAUGUCCAAUGCCUGGAGCAAAUGAGCUUGGAAACGGUAGCAAAAAUAAAAAGAAGGUAGAGGAUGAAAAGGAAAGGCUGACUCAAGAGGAGGAGGCUUAUGAGCAUACGAAGUUCAAAGGAAUCGCUUCAGGGGGAUACUUGAUUGGACGGCAUCCUGAGUGCGAUUUCAUUAUAGACGACCCAAUAAUUUCCAACCGACACUGUCUAUUUUUCACAGAAAACAAGGGCGGAGAUACAAUAGCGGUCGUCGAAGAUUUGUCGAGUAAUGGCACAUUCAUCAACGAAGCAAUGCUUGGUCGAAACAAACGGAGAGAGCUUCAAGAUCAGGACGAGAUAACGGUCAAGGAUGGUGCUAGAUUUGUCUUCAGAUACCCAAGGAGUCGUGAUACGAGUGCUUUCCUACAACAAUACACCCUCCUAGAGAAGCUUGGAAAAGGGCACUUUGCAGAAGUGUUCUUGUGUGUUGAGAAAUCUACCGGCCAUCGCUACGCAGUCAAGGUGUUCACGAAGCAGCCUGGUGUAGAGGAACGAUCAAAAACAGAAGGUCUUCAGCAGGAGAUUGCGGUUUUAAUGGGUGUCAGUCAUCCGAACAUGUUAUGUUUAAAGGAUACAUUCGACGAGUCAAAUGCUGUGUAUUUGGUACUGGAACUUGCUGCUGAAGGAGAGCUUUUCAACUGGAUAGUCAUGAAACAGAAGCUGACUGAGGAUGAGACUCGGAAGGUCUUCAUCCAAUUGUUCCAAGGCAUGAAAUACUUGCACGAGCGAGGGAUUGUUCACCGAGACAUCAAACCAGAGAAUAUUUUACUCACUGAUAAAAAUCUACACGUGAAAGUCGCAGAUUUUGGGUUGGCUAAAAUCAUCGGAGAAGAGUCUUUCACUACGACACUAUGCGGAACGCCGAGUUACGUUGCACCUGAGAUCCUCGAAGAAAGCCGGCAUAGGAGGUAUACGAGAGCAGUCGAUGUAUGGUCGUUGGGAGUAGUUUUGUACAUUUGUCUUUGUGGCUUCCCGCCAUUCUCGGACGAAUUGUACUCCAGAGACAACCCGUACACCCUGACCCAGCAAAUCAAGAUGGGGAGGUUCGAUUAUCCCUCUCCAUACUGGGACUCAGUCGGAGAUCCAGCUUUGGAUCUCAUCGAUAGGAUGUUGACGGUAGAUGUUGAAAAACGAUACACUAUUGACGACUGCCUUGAGCAUCCUUGGACAACCCAGAAGCCCAUCAACACGACUGACAGCACUGACGGGCUUGUCGGAGGAAUCGCAAACCUGGAUUUCAGUAAGCGAAAAGUGGCUAGGGAGCGAACGCUGCUCAGCAGCUUGAAUGAUGUAAAAAUAAGCAAAGUCAUUGAUACCCAAACGGACCAAACCCCAGUCAGAGUUUAUGUUAAAAAUCCAAACGGCAAGCCUACCAAGGGCAAGACGGAUAGUGUCAAACCUGUCACCGGAGCUGGCGGAACACCAAAAUCCAAAGCUGGUGCUCCUAAGCAGGAAGAGAGCCCAUCGCAGAAUCGAGGGACCAAGGAAUUUAUGGAGCUUGGAGGGAAAGGUGAUCAAGAACUUUACGGGAAUGAAGAUUCUGUAUAUGCGCCAAAGGAAGUUGAGAAGUGA